AUGAUGACAACAUCGACGACGGCAACAAAAUCUCUUCACCUGUCCUUUUCCUUUUUCGUGCUGCCGCUGCUGCUCUUGUUGUCGUCUUCAUCUUUUCUGUUAUUCUCCACGAACGCCUACGAUGCGACGAGAAACGAACGUCUCAUCGGUUGGCUCGGUGAAGUCAACACGCAAGAAGAAACGAACAGUUCAAAACCGUGGAUCGAGGCUUUGAGUUGGGACCCGAGAGCGUUUUUAUAUCACAACUUUCUGAGCAAAGAAGAGGCGAAACAUUUGGUGGAUUUAGGCGAACCGAGAGUGACGCGGUCGACGGUCGUUGGUGGACAAACCGGACGCGUUUCCGAUAUUCGGACGUCUUUUGGGACGUUCAUACCGAAAAAGUACGACGAAGUUUUAGAGAAGAUUGAAGACCGGUGCGCGGUGUUUAGUGGGAUUCCCGUGGCACACCAAGAGCAAAUGCAAUUGCUGAGAUACCGAGACGGGCAAAAGUAUUCGGACCACACGGAUGGUUUGAUCUCUGAAAAUGGCGGAAAGCGCAUAGCGACUAUUCUGAUGUUUCUCCACGAACCGACGGAAGGCGGAGAGACGAGUUUUGUGCUUGGAAAUCCGUUAGGGAAAGUGAAAGAGAGAAUCGAGAGAACAAAAGAUCAGUUUUCCGAUUGUGGAUACAGGAGUGGUAAAGGAUUUGCGGUGAAACCAAAAGUCGGGGACGCUAUUUUGUUUUUCAGUUUUAGCGAAGCCGGGAUUACGGACAAUAAUUCCAUGCACGCAAGUUGCCCGACGUUAGGGGGGACGAAGUGGACGGCGACAAUGUGGAUACACGAAAGACCUUUCGAUACGGCGACUUGGAGGAAACCAGAUUGCAAAGAUCUUCACCAGGAAUGCGCGAACUGGGCGAACCGAGGCGAGUGUAAAAAGAAUCCAAUUUACAUGUUAGGUAACGAAGUCGUCGGUACUUGUUCGAGGUCGUGCUGUGCAAAGGUUGAAGAGAAAGACAUGACGUACACGCAGACGUUAUUUUGCAAACCUUGCAAAGACGAUAGUACGUGGCAAAGAUAA